AUGUCCACCAACACCUCAUCCUCCCUCGCGGGCGGCCAGGUCUCGGGCCAUGUCGGCUGGGUGCCGCCGCCACGAGGGCGCGGCACAAUCAACAUCAUCUGGAGUUGCCUCACGGUGCUUCUCAUCUGCUCCUACAAAUGCCUGCACCUCAACAUCCCGCACGAGGACGAGCUCGAAGCCGGCUGGCAUAAGUUGUGGGGGGCGAUUCCCUACUGGCCCGAGAGGCCGGCUCUCCGCCGGCUCCUCCGCAAGGUCAAAUGGAUGGCCAUCAUCAUCAUCGCGCCGGAAUUCGUCGCCGGGGUUGCGGCCUUCGAGCUCCAACAGGCACGCAAGGAUUUGGCCGACGCCAAAAAGCUAGCACCGGAUUUCGCCAAAUGGUCGCGUGAGAGGGACGAGCUACGUAGGUGCGGGGAGUGCUGGCAUAACCCUCCCGAUUCACAGCCUAGGAAUAGCGAGCUCACCCUAAGUCACGCAUUUUAUGCCCGCAUGGGGGGCUUCGUGCAUGUUACGCUUGACAAUGACGAGAGCGGCGGGCCCCGGAUGAAGAGAGCGAGGUUGGAAAGCGUCGAAUCGUACUGCCGAUUCCUCAACCAAUGCGCCAGCGAGAAACGCGCCGUCCACCUCAAGAGCGAGUCGGACAUCCAGGGCCUCGUAAAGUCGGACCACCUAACCAAAGUGGUUGCCAUCGCCCAGGCCCUCUACCUCGUCCUCGACUGCAUCGCCCGCACGAACCAGGGCCUGCCCAUCUCCCCGCUCGAGCUGUCUACCGCGGCCUACGUCCUGGCCGCCGCGGCCAUGUACGGCUUCUGGUGGCACAAGCCACAGGACGUUGCGCACGUCACCCAGCUCUGCGGGGGCCCCGAGCCAUCGGGCACGAGCUGUUACAAACGAGCCGAGCUAAUAGUCGGUGAUCAUGCCUUCAGUAUCGUAUUUGGAAUCACAUCACACCUGGCCCCUUACGUCUUCCACCUCAUCGCAGCCACUUUCGGGGGUGUUCAUGUGAUCGCUUGGCGCUGGGAUUUUGGGUCGGACCUCGUCAAGACUAUGUGGAGGGUAUGCGCCGUGGCGACCUCGGCGACCCCCAUUUUUAUCUUGUGUAUCAUUUUGGGCAUCAGUCGUUGGCACGUCGACAUUCUGGACCUUAGCUGGAUUACCUGGAUUAAGAGUGUGGCGCAAGCGUGUUGGAUAGGGACUACAGUAGGGUUGAGCGUUUGCUACGUCUUCGCGCGGGCAAUCAUCAUUUUCCUUUCCUUUUACACGCUGUUUUCAAUGCCUGUAGGAGCUUACCAGACCGUGGCUUGGACGGAUUAUCUACCUUUUAUAUCCUAG